AUGACUGACCAGAAAACUAGCCACCAGGAGGGAUCGCACCUCGUCGAGUUCGAAUAUGCUAACUUCGAUAAAAAUUUCAAAACGACCCGACUUUUGGGAAGUGGGGCCAGUGGGAGAGUAUUCUUGGGAGAAUUCUCCAACUUACCAGCCUGCGCCAAAGUUGGAGUACGCCAUGACGUCAACAACACCUUCAACAGGGAAAAAUAUAAUAACUUGCAGGUAAACGGUGCAGGUGGAUCCCCCGUCCUGCUGGGGUCAUGCACCGAUUACCCAGUUCUGAUCUUCUCACUCUGCCAGGGUCAGACAUUGGAUGAGGUGGUCGAGAAUCUAUUUGUUUUCUCCCCCACUAAAUCAAUAACCAUAUUUCUACCCAUCGCUGAAGCCCUAGCCGAGGUACACAGCCGGGGAAUCAUCCAUAACGAUAUCAAAGUGGAUAACGUUCUGCUGGAGAAGAACUUCGAUGGGUCCUACACCUCCCACUUUAUCGACUUUGGAUUAUCAAGAGUAGAAGGUGGCCACCUGACCUUACACAGCAAUCCUAACGACAGCCAUUACGCCCCGGAGUUGUUUAGGGGUCUCCCCUGCACCCCGGCAAGUGACAUCUACUCGCUCGGAGUUAUGAUCUCCGACGUCCAAAAUUGCUUUGAUAACCUCUGGCCGCCAGGGGUUAAACGCCUGUGCAAGCAGAUGCUCAGCCGCAACCCACAGCACCGCCCAAAUCUUUCUAAAGUGAUCGAAGUUUUGAGGGAAUCCCUUAAGGAGCUCUCCCUCGAGGUGCUCUCUUCCUCCAAGGCCGACCCCACCUACCAUGCAACUUGCGUCUAG